AUGGCAGGAGAAAAUUCUACUAAGAGUUUUGAUCCGGCUGAUGACAGUGACGACAAUGAGUACGCAAGUGAGAAAGAUUCAGAGCAGACAGAAUUGAGUUCGAUUCUAGAUAAACUUAGCUUAGGAUCCAAGAAAGAGAGGAAGAAACUCUUGAUCUUGAAUCCAAAUGGUCUACUUCUACACAGAGUCCAUAUGCAAAAUUUGCGAAGGAAACCGGAUAACCGAUCUCCAGAUGCAACUUGUGGGCCAAAUCUUGUGUAUAAGAGGCCAUUUGUAGGAGAAUUCAUGAAGUUUUGCCUUGAGAGAUUCGAAGUUGGGAUAUGGUCAUCUGCUAACGAGUUGGAUCAAAAACAUAGUACUAAUAGUGGAUUCAAGACACUAAAAAACAGUGAUGAGCAAAUGUUCUUCAAGGAUCUUUCUAAAGUGUUUCAAAAGUUCAAAGAGUUCUCUGCUUCAAACACUAUUCUCAUUGAUAAUGAACCCUUCAAAGCUCUUAUUAAUCCUGACAAUACAGGACUGUUUCGAGUGACUUAUGAUCCAAGGAGCGCUGCCGACAGCACGCUAGAUCCAGAAGGAGAGUUCGGCUCUUACUUGGAUGAUUUGGCAAAUGCAUCAGACGUGCAAGCUUAUAUUAAAGAGAACUCUUUCGGACAAUUCAUGAUUGAUUCUCCUCAUCCUGACUGGUCCUUCUACCGCAAGGUCUCAAAGAUUGUCUCCUAUCUAGCAUGA